UUAGAGCGCCCCGCCCGUAGCGCCCAAGUAGCGCGCCCCGCCCUUAGAGCUCCCCACCUGUAGCGCGCUCCGCCCGUAACACUCCUCGCCCCUCGCGCGCGCCGCCGGCCCCUACUCGCAGCGCCGGCCCUAGCUCGCCGCGCUGGCCCUAGCUCGCCACGUCGGCCUCGGCUCGCCGCCAGUGCUGUCGUGCGGCCACUGCUGGUGAGCUGCAGCCGCCUCUGCUGACACCCGGGCGCCAUGGUGAACGUCGUUCUCCGCCUGGACGCCAAGGGCCGGGCGGUGGAUUUUGAGGCGUGGCUCGCCGACUUGCGCCUCCACCUGAAGGUUCAGCGUCAGGAUGGCCAGUCACUGGCCGUCCACGUCGACGGUAAGUUGCCCUGCCCUCCCGCGCCUGCUGCCCUCGCUUCCGACGCCACGUCUGCUGAGCGUGAGGUUUUCACAGCUGUUGAGCUAGCUCGCUCUAUCUGGGUGUCUCGUGAUGCCGCUGCGCAGCUAGCCAUUAGUCGCGCCCUCCCGCUGUCGGAACGUCCCCACUUUCGGGCCAUGGAGAUUGCGAAGGAGUUUCUAGAUGCCGUUAUCGCUCGCUAUUCCACUCCUUCCUCCGCCUCUGCUGGCCGUCUCCUCCUGUCCUUGCUCUUCCCUGACCUAGCUUCCUUCUCCACUGUCGCUAAUCUGGCCAACCACCUGCGCGCUCUAGAGUCUAGCUACCGCGCUGCUAGCAUUGAGGCUCAGCUCAGUGUAUUCCCCCCUCCCAUCGGCGUCCCUCUUUAUCUCAUCGCCAUGCGCCUCCCUGACCGCCUAGCCACCGCCCGAGACACCUUCCUUAGUCUUCACCCCGCAGACCUCACCCUUGCCGACUUUGUCGCCACCCUGUCGGCGAUAGAGACCCGCGAGCGCACUAUCGCACAGUCCAACGGUACUGCGGCGGUCCCUAUCUUCCAGGGCUGUGCUCCUUCCCAGUACACUUACUCUGACGCUUACGCCACGAUCGAGAAGGAGCUGCAGUACCAAAGCGCAUUGGAGCUUAACCUAACAACCUUCCGAGCCAUCAGCCACAUCCCUCUUGCCUCGGACGUAGCCAAGUAUGCGCGGCAGAACAUGGUCACUCGCCUGGACAGCUACCAGCAGAAGGACCUCAGGACGUUUAAGGAGGUGGUUGCAGUGAUCGACUCGCAGGUCAUCCCCAUCAUCCGCCGCUCCGCCCUCUCAGGCUUCGCCAUCUUCAACACCGAGCUUCCAGUGUUCUUCGACCAGCCAGGCGCGCCUCAAAUGCUCGCAGACAUUCUAGCAGAGCGGGGCUACUUUGUGUACUGGCAGACCCGUAUCCGAGAGGUGCCCGUGCGCAUCGACCCCGCCACCUUUGCCAUCGAGUGUCUGCGGCGCACCACCAUGGAAUUCCACAUCAAGUUCGACCGCCCCCUCAUCCGCUCCUCCGACGCGCUCUCCUCCCUCUCUGCCUCCUCCUUUCUCACUGCCACCGCUGCCAUGGCCUCUGCCUCCUCUCGCUCUCUCAUGCCGCAUUCGGCGACCUUUGACCCAAGGUGAUCAGAGUGCCGGGGUUGGCAGGGGGGGCGACCACAGGGCCUGAGGGGUGUCCUCCUUUGCCUCCCUGGUUCCCACAGGGGAGAAAAGGAAGUGAAGGGAUGGUAAAUUGCGGCUGCUGCAGGUGGAGUUUCACAGCCGAGGGAAAUUCACACCACAACACCCCCACGUAGGAGAACAGGGCUGCUGCACAAUUCACUGUUGAUAGGACAUAUUAGAGUCGCAUAUUUGGUUCCAACUGUUGUGAUAUAAUUCAUACUUAGCAUUUCUGUAAGUCGAUUAUCAGUAGAUAGUGUCGAAUUCUACUAAUAAUUAUAAGUCCGUAGGAUGAUGUCAGCAAAUAGCGCUCGUCAUGAGGACAGUCGUUUCAGUCAUGCGAACAGUCGCGCCUCUUCAUUAUCAUUUAGGGCGCAUAGCGCGAUGGUGGCGAACAGGUACAUUAGCGAACAGGUACUUUCCUAGAGCUAUAAAAUCCUUGUAAUGUU